UAAUGGAAGUGUUCUCUGGUGAUGCUGUGAUAUCCCAGGCGUCGGAUAUCCUGAAGCCAACCCUCCAGGACAACGAUUUUCUCCAGAGUUUUGUCAGGAUAGAUCUUGAUGAUGGGGCACCGGAGCCCAAGAAGAAGUCAACCCUGAUGGAGCCAAUCAGGAAAGAGAGCAAGGAGAAGGAGAAGAUUGGUCCAAGUCGUUUGGAUAAUCAGGUGUCACCGAGGGUGAAGCCGGUGAAGGCCAUUCGGAGGUCUCGGAGAUUGGUCAAGGGAUCGCCGGAGUAUGAGAUCGCUGAGCAGAGGACCAAGAGGAAUAAGAAGAAGAGGAGUCGGGAGCAGAGGAAGCAGGAGGAAGUUUAUACUGAUAAGGAUCGGGCUGCUGCUGUCAAUAUGGGAAGUCGCGAUAUUAUCCAGUCACUCAAGAUCAAGAGGCGACAGGAUCGCUCCAAGGCACUCCAGACCCCUGAAGAAGCUGAACCCGGGGCUUUUCUUGCUCUUGCUGCACGCGAGAUGAGAUCCGGCGAUGUCAAUAUCGCCAUCAACUGCAUUCACAAGGCCCUGGAAUUGAGUCCCAACGAUAAGAACGCCCUCUUAGCGAGGAGUAAAUGCUAUCUUCUCCUGGGGGAACCCCAGAAGGCCCUGGAGGACGCGGAGGCGGCGUUGAACGAACGAGUGAAAGACCCGGGGAAUGCGAGGGCGAUGUACUACAAAGCCGAAGCCCUUUAUCACCUGGGGGAUUUCGAAUUGAGUCUCGUUUAUUACUACCGGGGUAUGCGGAUUAGACCGGAGUUUGAUCAAUUUCGCCUGGGGGUGCAGAAAGCCAAGGAAGCCAUUCAAAACAUCCUCGGAGAUAAUAGCGUACCUAUUAAGAUCGAUCCGGCAGCGAGGGUGGAGGAGAUCAAUAAGACAGAGGCUGCGAAAAUUCCUGCCAACCUGGAGAUUCCAGAGGAUCCAACACCUGCUGGGAAGGAGCCGGAGAGGCCAGUGAGUGCUGAUAAAACCCUGAGUGAAUCCUCAGGGGACAGGAGGAGGUUCUCCUCCCAGAGUAAACGCAAGAGUAAUUGUCCUAAUUUACUUGGACAGCUCAAUGUGGAUAAAAAAUAUCUCCAGGACCUGUUAAAAUGUCCAGUGUCGUGCGCCGACAAGAUGGCGGACGCCUGCGAGGGUUGCAAAUGGUCGCCGAAAAGGCGUCGAAAGUUCACGUCGAUAUAUCAAAGGGAAUGCACACGAGAGCCUCAAUGUGGUGCAGUGAUGGGUGUAUCCGGGCCAGUGGUGACAGCAAACAAAAUGUCAGGUGCAGCGAUGUACGAAAUUGUUCAGAUAGGUCAUGACAGGUUAGUGGGUGAGAUCAUUCGACUGGACAAAGACACAGCGACAAUUCAGGUGUACGAAGAUACGAGUGGAGUGACGAUUGGUGAACCGGUCCUGAAAACGGGGGCACCAUUGUCAGUGGAGCUGGGUCCUGGGAUUCUCGGUGAGAUAUUCGAUGGGAUUCAGAGACCGCUGCAGACGAUUGCCGAGGUGUCAGGUAAGAUCUUCAUCCCGAGGGACAUUCACGUGCCGUCCAUCAACAGAGGCACUCUCUGGGACUUUCAACCGUUCAACCUUCGACCCGGAUCUCCAGUGGCACCCGGUGACAUCUACGGCGUCGUCUUCGAGAACACUCUGGUCAAGCAUUACAUGAUGAUUCCACCCAAGUGUCAGGGACAGGUGACGUACCUAGCUCCUGCUGGCAGCUACAACGUCGACGACACAAUUCUCGAGACGGAAUUUGAUAAUGAGUGCACAGAGCACUGCAUGCUGCAGAUUUGGCCAGUGAGAACGCCUAGACCGAUUGUCGAGAAGCUAGCAGCAUCGCAUCCUUUGCUGACAGGUCAAAGAAUCCUGGACUCGUUAUUCCCCUGCGUCCAGGGUGGCACGACAGCCAUUCCUGGGGCCUUUGGCUGCGGCAAGACAGUGAUCUCUCAGUCUUUAUCGAAGUACUCCAACUCUGAUGUCAUCGUCUACGUUGGGUGUGGUGAGAGGGGCAACGAGAUGUCCGAAGUCCUUCGGGAUUUUCCGGAGUUGUCCGUCGAGGUUGACGGCAACACCGAGUCCAUCAUGAAGAGGACAACUCUCGUUGCCAAUACUUCGAACAUGCCAGUUGCUGCGAGGGAAGCAUCUAUCUACACUGGCAUCACGAUUGCUGAGUACUUCAGGGACAUGGGGUACAACGUCUCGAUGAUGGCGGACUCGACUUCACGGUGGGCUGAGGCUCUCAGAGAGAUCAGUGGACGACUUGGAGAGCUUCCAGCUGAUUCUGGAUAUCCAGCAUAUCUCGGGGCAAGACUGGCGAGCUUCUACGAGAGGGCGGGCAAGUGUUUGUGUCUCGGUAGUCCCCGGAGGGAGGGCUCCGUCAGUAUUCUGGGGGCUGUCUCACCACCUGGAGGAGAUUUCUCGGAUCCUGUGACCAGUGCUACACUCGGCAUAGCUCAAGUCUUUUGGGCUCUUGAUAGAAAGCUGGCGCAGAGGAAGCACUUCCCCGCUGUCAACUGGCUCAUGAGUUACAGCAAAUAUCUCAAGUUUCUCGAUGAUUUUUAUGAUGAACAUUUCCGGGGAUUUGCUGAACUCAGGAAGAGGACCAAGGAGAUCCUUCAGGAAGAGGAGGAGUUGAAUGAAAUCGUACAGCUUGUCGGAAAGGCCAGUCUCUCUGAGGAGGACAAGGUCGUCCUUGAUGUCGCGAAGAUGCUGAAGGACGACUUCCUUCAGCAGAAUAGCUAUUCGGCUUACGACAGGUUCAGCCCAUUUUACAAAACCUUCGGGAUGCUCAGGAAUUUCAUUAAAUUUUACGAGUGCACUCGGGCUGCGGUCCAGGGCGCCGAUAAAACUGGCCAGAAGAUCACUUGGGAGAAUGUCAAGGACACCAUGGCAAACAUUAUUCACAGGCUCAGCUACAUGAAGUUCAUGGAUCCUAUUAAAGAUGGCGAGGAGAAUAUUAAAAUUGCUUUCGCAAAAAUUCAUGCCGAUAUUGUUCACGCGUUUGAGAUGAUUCUCCAUUAGGACAAAAUGUCCAGAACUUCGAAGAUUAUUUCAUGUUAAGGCAGCUCAUCAGGAAUCAGCUCAGCACAUAACUAAAUACGCGGAGGAAGGCAUUUCGUUUCUGAAAAAUCGUCAAGAA